AUGACCCGCACCGCUUACGCAGUGGGAGCCCUGAUUCUCCUGGGGACCCUGCUGCCGGCUGCUGAGGGCAAAAGGAAAGGGUCCCAAGGGGCCAUCCCCCCACCCGACAAGGCCAGGCACAAUAACUCAGAGCAGACUCAGUCUCCUCCACAGCCAGGCUCCAGGAACCGGGGACGGGGCCAGAGCCGGGGGACAAGCAUGCCUGGGGAAGAGGUGCUGGAGUCCAGCCAGGAGGCCCUGCAUGUGACCGAGCGCAAGUACCUGAAGCGAGACUGGUGCAAAACGCAGCCCCUGAAGCAGACCAUCCACGAGGAGGGCUGCAACAGCCGCACCAUCAUCAACCGCUUUUGCUACGGCCAGUGCAACUCCUUCUACAUUCCCAGGCACAUCCGCAAGGAAGAAGGCUCUUUCCAGUCGUGCUCCUUCUGCAAGCCCAAGAAAUUCACCACCAUGAUGGUGACCCUCAACUGCCCGGAGCUGCAGCCGCCCACCAAGAAGAAGAGGGUGACACGAGUCAAGCAGUGUCGUUGCAUAUCCAUAGAUUUGGAUUAAG